GUUUCUUUUCUUUCUAGACACUUCUCUUUGUUUUUCUAUUUGCUAAAUUUCAUAGUCGGUUCGGUUUAGGCCUUCUCCUUUUUCUUUUUCUUUUUAAUUAUUUGGUUUAAAAAAUCAAAAUAAAAAGAGAUUUUUAUUUCUUUUCCACCAAAAUUCGUAUCCAAUUCUUCGUUUCACUCUAGGUUUUUCUCCCUUCCAUCAGGUUCUUUCAGGAUUUGUAGUAGUUUUUUGAAAAUGCAAGGACGUGGUGGCCGUGGUCAAGGUCGAGGCCAAGGGGGUGGUGGAAUGAGGAAUUCACUAUUUGACUUUGAUCAGCCAUUUCCUGGUUUUGGUGGUUUUGGAGGUAUUGGGGGCCAUGGAAGUUUAUUCUCUAGUGUUUUCGGAGGAAGGAAUCCCUUUGAUGACCCUUUCUUCAAUCGCCCAUUUGGAGGAGGCAUGCUUGAGUCAAAUUUCUUUAAUCCCAUCGGAAAUCCUUUUCCUGAAAUGCCUCCGUUUGGGUUUAUUGAGCAACAAGCUCCGGAGCCUAAAAGAUCAAGGGGGCCAAUCAUUGAGGAAAUUACGUCUGAUGAUGAUGAGGAGGACAAUGCUGGUAGUGAGAAGUAUGAAAAUCCUAGAAAGCUCCUUAAGUCGGGCAAUGGACCAUAUGUUGAGGAUCCAGAUGAUCAAGUUGAAGAGAAUAAGAGGAGGCAUUUGCAGCACCGAAAUGACCACAACGGGUUCAAUCACUCACAGAUGCAAGCUCACAAUGGGUUCAAUCGCUCACAGAUGCAAGCUCACAAUGGGUUCAAUCCCACGCAGAUGCAGCCCCAAACUCAUAGUUUCACCUUUCAGAGCUCUUCUGUCACUUACGGUGGAGCUAAUGGAGCUUAUUAUACUAAAUCUAAGGCAAUGAGGACCGGAAGUGAUGGGUUGACAAUUGCAGAAAGCAAAGAAGCCGAUACUGUUAGUAGGCAAGCAACCCACAAAAUAUCUAGGGCCCUCCAUGAUAAGGGUCAUUCUGUUGCUAGAAAGCUUAAUACAGAUGGUAAGGUUGAUACAAUGCAAACCUUGCACAAUCUCAAUGAAGAUGAGAUCUCUGGUUUUGAAGAAGCUUGGAAGGGAAAGGCUCAGAAACAUCUACCUGGCUGGACUGGUAAUUUUGAUGGUUAUGGAAUUGAAAACACAGGAGCUAGCAGCAGCGAUCAAGACGGCCGCAGAGGUUGGGCGCUUCCAUCUUCAGAACCCUCGCAGCAUUCGGGUAGAGUGAUGCCGGAUUUGAGAGACAGGGUUGGAUCCUCUCGUCCGCAGCAGCAUCCUGGUACGAUGAAGGUGGCAGAUGAUGUUAAAAAUAGGAGCUCCCACCCUCGUGGGAGGGCAAGAGAUUGAAUUUUAGGUAGAAACAGAAGUGGCUUUGGGGUCUCCCAUAUUCGUUUUGCUAUGCACCUUAGUGAAUAUUGUAAGCAUCAAAAUAUGGCUAAACUUCGAGAUUGAGUUCAUACUUACUCAGACGAUGUUAUCAUACAUAAUGUUACAAAAUAGUAAAAGAAGUGGAAAACUAGAGCCUUUUUGAGUA